AGCCUCACACCCUCUUCACAAACCCUCCUUAAGUCCUUCACCUUCUUUAGUUCUUUUCCUCAUUCUCAUCACCUUUAUCAUCUUCUUCUACUCCUUACACAAUGUGCUCCUCUAAAUCAAGGCCGCACCAAGGUUCUAGCAUUCCUGCAACUAUUGCUAAAAUUAAUGGCCGCCCUGUUCUUCAGCCAAAAUCCAACCAAGUUCCUAGCUUGGAGAGACGCAAUUCACUUAAAAAGAGUUCCCCAAAAUCUCCUACUCUGCAACCACUGCCAACUGCUAAGCCUUCAUUGUCCCCUCCAAUCUCUCCCAAGCUAAAAUCUGCUGGACCACCUGUUCUUAAGAGAGGAGGGUAUGACCUUAAUGGCUUGAAUUCCUGUGGUGAGAAGGUUUUGACACCAUGGAAUGCAACCAAAGUGUCAAGUAUCGUAAACAAGUCCAAGAAAGCCAUCACUGCUAGUGCCAUCAACUAUUCUUCCUCUUUGCUUGUGGAGUCUCCUGGAAGCUUAGCAGCUGCAAGGAGGGAGCAAGUUGCUAUUAUGCAAGAACAGAGGAAAUUGAGAACUGCUCAUUAUGGAAGAGUGAAGUCUGCCAAGCAAGAAAGGAAGGUCAUGGCUGCUGAUUCUCCAGCUAUUGAUGCUCGGACAGAAAGGAGAUGUAGCUUUAUUACUCCAAGUUCAGAUCCUAUCUAUGUAGCUUACCAUGAUGAAGAAUGGGGAGUUCCUGUUCAUGAUGAUAAGCUGUUGUUUGAAUUGCUAAUACUGACAGGAGCACAAGUAGGAUCAGAUUGGACUUCAGUAUUGAAGAAACGGCAAGCAUUCAGGGAUGCCUUUUCUGGGUUUGAUGCACAGAUUGUUAGCAAAUUCAAUGAGAAGAAAAUAACCUCCAUCAGUGCUGAGUAUGGCAUAGAAAUAAGCCUAGUUAGAGGAGUUGUUGACAACUCUAACAGAAUUCUCCAGGUUAAGAGGGAAUUUGGAUCAUUUGACAAGUACUUGUGGGGAUUUGUCAAUCACAAACCAAUCACCACCCAAUACAAGUCAUGCAACAAAAUCCCAGUAAAGACCUCAAAGUCAGAAACUAUAAGCAAAGACAUGGUGAAGAGAGGGUUUAGAUUUGUUGGUCCAACUGUAAUACACUCAUUCAUGCAAGCUGCUGGCUUCAGUAAUGAUCACUUGAUCACUUGUCCAAGACACCAUCAAAUUCAAUGUCUUGAUCUGGCAUCUCAUCACCACCAUCAGAGUCCAACUUCAACCUCCUCUUUAUAGGACAACCACCCAAGAAGAAAAAAAAAAAAAAAAAAAGGUUGAUUAACCCGAAAAUAACAAAAUUAUAAUAAGUGUGACCAAAAAAGAAGCAUAUCCAGUUAGUUGAAUAUCUAACUACAGGUAUUAAUUAGUGGUAACCUUUUGAGUUAAUGGUGUGCAGUGAGGCUUUCUGAUGGCUGAUUUGGGAUGAGAUCAUUGAAAAGAAGCUAAAAAUUGAAGUGGGUCUAUGGGUGUGGGGGCAGAAAGAGCAGGCAGCAUGUGCAGGUGGGCAGAGGGCAUAGGCAUGUGCAUGGCUUUUCAAUUUUGUGACCACCACCCUCAAUUAUGCAAUUCCUGCUUUUAAACUGGCUGUGAAAGGAUACAUUCAGUGACAAUUUUGGGUCAGAAUUCCUAGAUAUUCCCUACUUUUGCCUGGAUAUUUGGAUCGGAUAAGAGUUGUAAAUUGCUGUUUCUGCUUUCUCUCCUCUGGGAAAUUGCCUUUAAUGCUCAAAAAGUCCCACAAUGUUUAUUCCUUUGAGGCUGUAUAGUGAGCAGUGACCCAUUGAUGUUCAAUCUCAAGUUUCUGAAGAAAUCAGCCAAUUUCAAGGUCUUUGUAUUACUAGCAUUUGUUGAUUCUAACUUGUAGGGGAUACAAAGUUCGUCUGUGUGUAUUUUGCAUUAAGAGUAAAGUUUGAGCUUGCUUUUUUCUUUUUUAUUUCUCUCUAAGCAAUGUAUUCAUUUUUUUUAUUGCAAAAAAAUAAUGUAUUUGUUUACUAAAUUAUUUUAUACAAUAUGUUUACACUA